AUGGCUAGCAAAGAUAAGUACAGAAAAUAUUUGUCUGGUAAUCUUAAAAGAGCCAAAAAACAAAAAAAAGAUGAAUUUUUGAAUACACAGCGUGGAUCUUUAAAUAAAUAUUUUGACUCAUCAAAUACUCCUAUGGUUGAUAUAAAUGAUGAUGAAAUCACAAAAAAUCUUAAAAUGCAAAUCAAAUCUAAUAGUACAAGUUCAGACAAUAAUAGACCAACUACUUUCUCAGUUUCAAGUAUAGAAGAAGAAAAUUACUCUGUUUCAACAAAUCAUGAUAGUCAAAACGUCGAAGUUUAUGAUUUGAGUGAUCUUUCUACAUGGCCUAAUGUAUUAACUCAUAUUAUGAAAUAUGAAAUUGUUAAGUUGGGUCCUAUGCAAAUAAAAAACUGUGACUUUCCACCUAAUGAAGGAUAUCCAAAAAGAAGGUUCAGUGUUUAUUAUUACUACCGUAAAUUGCCCAAUAAUGAAGUAGUUGAUCGUCAAUGGCUAGUGUACUCUAUGACUAAAUAUUAUGUCAAUUGUUUUGCUUGUAAGCUUUUUAGUGAAGAAAUUAUUAAUGACAAUAAUUAUGAUUGCCGUUUAGCAAACAAUGGUUUUAAUGAUUAG